AUGGGCGAUGGGUUUGUGGCCGAUACGUCGCCGAGCUUCAACUCUGUGGACAUGGUCUCGCUUUCUAGUACCAUCCUUCUGAAACUGGUGGUGUUGAUUGAGACCUACAUGUCGGGGAAGACGGGAACCACGUAACUAUCGCUACAAUCGGAGCCACUGAGUUGCCGCUCAAAUCCCUGCAAGAAUGGAGCCACCUGCACCGACCUCGAUUCUGGCGGUUACUACUGUUCCUGCACCGACCGAUGGGGCGGCCAGAACUGCACUGAAGAGGCCCUGACCUGCGCCCAUCAGCCUUGUCUCCAUGGCGGAUACUGCACGGAACUGCCCAAUCGACAGUACAAAUGCGACUGCAAACCCGGCUUUGUUGGUAGGUUGGCAGUCUGCUCCUCACCGAACCGCAUGUUGUUGGGUCAUUGCCAGUUUUGA